GCGCAUCGCCUGGUGAGGCAGCGAUUGCCUUUGGCCGCCACCACCGCUCGAGCAAGGGCGAGCGCAUCGUUUGCUGCGGGAGUUGGUCCCUUUCAUCUCCCUCGGAGGUAUCUACCACCUAGACGGCGGCGAGAUGGAGCCGAGAUGACCUGAUUUUCAGUUUCAGGAUGUAGUUUGAACCUCAAAACUGUACUUCUCCAUACACAUGCCAAGAUGAUUCUUGGUCUCAAAAGUCAAGUUAAUGAUAAACAACAAAACUUUGGAGAAACAAGUAUGCCAGUUUCAUUGUUGUCCAAGCAUGAAGGCAAAGCAUCUAACAGGGAGUUUGAUAGGAAGUUGAGCAACGGUCCUGACAAUAAGCGUCCACGUUUAGAUCAAGCAGAAAGCUACACAACAAAUACUCAAGUUGAUGAUGGUAGCAUUAUCUUCCAAAAAAAAUUAGAUUUGAAAAGAUGCUCAUUUGCUGAUAAAGCACGGUUGAUCAAGACAAAGCGUAGUCUUGAUGGUAAAAGAAAUGAUAGGAAAAACUUCAGAUCGGGAACGAAAAUCAGAUAUGAUACUUUUUCAACAAAGAUGGGGUUUCCUGGCAUUGAUUCUACUUUUGCAGGAAACAACCUGUUAGGAGCAUAUGGACUAAAAUCUGAUCUCUCUGACAUCACAAGGCAUAUUGAUGAGGUGGGCAUUAGUGAACUUCUUGAUGGUAGUUACAGAUAUUCUAAUGUCAAUGCUGAAAAAGGAAAGAAACUCCCAGUUGUCUGUGAAAGUAUGUUGACUUCGCUGAGAAAGGCAAUCUCUCUUCUUCCCCAUGAUGGUCUGACAGAUAACAAUAGCAACAGAAAAGGACCUAUAUGCCUCGGUAAACCUGAUUCUUCAUCACUCAUUCAGGAUUGUUGCCACCCCAGUAAAUUUGUUGAUGAAUCAACCGCUACUAAGUAUCCUAAUGCAGGUGAUGCUGAUCUAUAUCAGCCAAAGAAAAUUCUUGAGCAUUUAGCCAUUCCUUCAGUAUUGGAUCUUAAUACUCUUCUAGAAGAUUUAUGUUUGCCUUCAUCCAUUUCGAAGUCCACUAAGCCCCCCAAAAAUCUCCAUGCAGCUAGCUUGCCUCCUUUUUCAUGGUCUAGUUUUCAUAGUUCAGCUUGCAAAUCUGCUGAUUCCAGUAAACAAGUUUCAUUUAAACAUGCAUAUCAGGGUAAAUGGGUUAGAAUUGAUUGCAAUUCUCUUCUCACUGGGGACAGCCAGAAUUGCUUUUUAGAUUUGGAAAUGUUAACAGUUGAUAGCAAUGAAGACCCAUUACAAAGGAGUAGUGCUCUUCAAGAUAAUCAUCUAGACUCGUCUCCUAAGUUUCUAUGUGGUCAGCCAUCAACCAUGGAGUUCCAAACAUCAAAUUGUGUUGAAGGGAAUAUUCCAGAUGAUACAAGGUUAGAAAAAGGAUCUAACUCAUCUGUGUUAGCUCACAAACAAUUUAAGUUGGUUGAAGACCACACCAACUGUUCAAGCACCAGCCUGGAAUGUGACAACAAAGCUAGUGGCCUGGUUAGAACUUCUGAAUCUGAAGCUAGUUUGAAGUUUCAAGGAAAGAAUCUAGACUUACCAGAUCAUGUAAGAACCACAUCUAAGUUAUGCAGUACUGGAGUUGUCCCGAAAGAUCUCCACACACUAAAUGAGCAUGUCUGCUCUGCUUCUUCAUGCUCCUUCAGUUGUAAAGAUGCUGGAGAAUGCAGCCGAAGUUUACGCAAUUUAUCUGCUUCAAAUAUGUCACGACAUGAUUAUCCGCCACGUGAGCUACUUGCUGCUGACAUAUUACUUGAGAUGGCAAGGCACGGGCGUGCCCUCAAAUUCCAAACUGAAGAUUUUGGAAAGAUAAGGUGGCCAAAAUCUUCUCCGCAGAAGGCCACGAAGAAUCAUAAGUCAAUAUCCCCAAUGGGGAGAUCAGAAUUCUUUAGAACGAGGAACCAUGAUUCUGUUCAAACUGCAGAUCGUCCGUAUUGGGAACAUAAGCUAGUUGAGAAGAAAAAUGACAUGAAAAAUGCUGGUGGAGCAACUGUAAAAAAUUCAGCUCAGUUGGAAGGCGAAGGUGGAGUUUCUCCUUACAAAUCGGAAAAGGAUCUACAGGUUGGUGCAAGGUCAUUGCACAAUAUUACUGUCAGAUCAGGGAGUUUGAUUCCAACCACACGAGUUGGAAAUAGUUAUGAAAGUCAUCAGAAGCUCAGGAAAACAACGCUAUCGUCAUUGACAGUUGGGACUUACAUCAAAGAUUGGAGUCGGGGAAAAAACAAGCAUGAAUAAUUCAUCUGCUUGCUAUAUUUUAAUCAGAGCACCAGUGCAAUCUUCCAUUACUGUGGAAGAGGACAGGAAGGGCUGCAGCUUGGAGGCAAGGCCGAGAAAUUGUAGAUUGCAUGAUCGCCUCCAUUCUCCAGUCGGGUUGUUUAAUUGGAGACUCAUGUAAUUAGAUGCUUUACGAUCGAGAUUCUGGUUACAUUACUGGGUUGUUUCAUGUGUAUUAUUCUAUCCUUAUUCUUUGCAAAGUAAAUUUCUAUCAGACACCCUUCAAAUUGAAA